AUGGUCGUCCGGCCAUGGAUCCUUCUGUUCCUUUCCCAGGCUGUUGCGGCCUUGCCUGUCCCAUCGCCCGCUCAGCUUCGCUAUCAGUCUACGGAUUUCGUGGCACUGAUCCACUUCAACAUGGGCACCUUUGCUCACAAUGGAGAUCCGUGUUGUGACAAGACCAACUGGGAUGUACUAGCACCCUAUGCUGCCGGCAAGACCAGCGACGCAGAGACCUUCAACCCCAAGCAGUUGAACACCACGCAGUGGAUGGAGAGCAUAGCGGCCCUCGGAGCAAACAUUGCGGUGCUCACUGCAAAGCACGGAUGCGGCUUUGCAUUGUGGCCUACGGAAGCCACUCUUCCCGACGGCAGCCCCUAUGGCUAUAAUGUGGGCAUGCCAGGUGCAGCCAUCCAGUAUGAUGUGUUGCAGAGGUUUGUAGAUUCGGCGAAAAGUGCCGGUGUUGGUUAUGGCUUUUAUUAUUCAAUCAUGAAGAACUUCUACCUUUGCCAUAACUUUUCUGGCAAGAAUUCCUGCAUGGAGGAAGUGCUUCCUCGGCAGAGGAAUGUCUCAGAGCAAGACUACAUCCGUAUUGCCCGGCAGCAGGUCACUGAGCUUUGGACGAAAUAUGGGAACCUCUCCCGAAUCUGGGUUGACAGUGGGCUCGGUGGCUUGGGAAGUUUGAUGGAUGAGCUACAGCCUCAGGCAGCAGGAACACCCAAGAAUCCCAUCGAUUGGUGUGGCACAGAAUCUGGACAUCCUUCCCGAGAUGUGGGUUCUUCGGAUGUGUGGAGCACAGGUCAUGGCUAUUUCGGCCAGGCAGAUGCUGACGAAUGGGUGCCGAAGUUCUGUGAUCCACAACUCUUCGAAGAGCACGUAUGGUUUUGGGAGCCCAAUCUGCACGUGAGGAGCCUUUCUGAGAUGAUCCCCAUCUACCACGACAUCGUCGGAAGAGGGAUGGUCAUGGAACUGGCCUUCUCAAUUGAUCGUGACGGCUUGGUGCAGAAGAGUCAUGCAGCCGUCUAUGGCCAACUGGGAGAGUGGGUGCGAAACUGUUACGGCUCGCCCUUGGCUGCCACAUCUGGCCCGGGUAUGGCUUUGACAUUGACCCUCGAGGCAGGCUCACAGUUCGAUCGGAUUCAACUUCAGGAAGACAUCGUUCUGGGACAGAGGGUCAGAAACUACACCUUGGAGCAAAGUCAGGGAAGCGGCUGGCAACCUUUGGUCAAAGGUAGUGCUAUCGGGAGGAAGCGGAUCCACCUCCUUUCAGCCACCCAAGUGUCCGAACGGAUCCAGCUUCGACUGCGAAUUGAGAAUGCUACGCGAUUGCCUCAGAUCCAUCAGUUUGCUGCCUUCUCACCUUGCCAGGAAGUGCAGGUCAUCGUUUAG